GAAUACGACAGCGAAAUGGAUAGCAAGCGGAUAUUAUUUUUCUUCGGUAUUGUGGCACUCUUAUUGUGCAAUAUUGUAAGAGCCGAUGAAGUGGAAACGGAAGUCGUGAAGGAGGAACCCGGCACUGUGCAGCUCUUGGAGGCUGGAGAAACAGAUCAGGUGGAUUCUACGGAUGAGAAUGUCAGGAAAGUGCGCCAGUACUUUGGACCACCACCCUUUGGACCUCCACCACCGCCCUUCUUUGGCCCACCACCACCACCGUACUAUGGCGGUGGUUUCGGCGGCGGCUACGGCGGUGGUUUCCAGAGAACCCGAUAUGUGACCCGCACCCGCUAUCGUGGACGCGGUGGCUACUACGGCGGUGGUUUCUAUGGUUAAUCAGUUGACUUGGAUUUAAAUGUGCCCUCUAAAUGUGAUACUUCUUUUGUACUCUUGCCCCUUUGGGAGCAAUAAAAUUUGUUUACCUUAUGCAAGUCCA